UAUCAGACAAUUCCACCAUCUUCCAUCGGUAAUCAUUAGCUUGUUGGUUGUCGUACCGAGUGGCAUGGGCAAUGCGCCACUCUUCAAAAUGAGCCUUCUCGUAUGGUUGAUUGUUGUUUGUGCUACAUUUGCUCCAACGCUGGCAGGCUUCGUUGAGUGUGAUCUUGAUCUGGAAGAUCCGAACAUAAUCAGCAGACUGCCCGAGCAGUGUCAGAAUGUGGAUGAUGCCACCAGAGCGCUGAUGGUCGAGGAAGCGGCAAGCUUCAAACAAUUCCAUCAGAAGCUGCUAGACUAUGAAGCAUCCCAAGCACCCGCCACUGAGGACGAGGUCCACAUGGAUAUGGACUUUCGCAAUGAGCUGUAUGCGGUUGGCGAACUGCACGCGUGUCAAAGCUUAAACGACACGCUUAAUCAGUACUUACGGUGCGUGAUGGAGCAGCGAAGCAAAAUGCUGGAGUUUAUCGAGCAAGCGUCCGGCUGAUUGAUUCACGCCUUCGAGUUGUAGAGACUGUCGAUCGCCGUAACUGCUCCGUUGUGUUUGUUCAGGUUGGCCGAAUCGAACUGUAUCAGUAUGAUCAUGAACGAGAGUAGUGCGACAAAGAUCUGCAAUGGAAGGGCGUGUUUUGAGAGAGGCUUGCAGACAUUUUUCUUCCGAUACAUGGAUAAGCAUACCGAAGACAGUGAAGAUAGUUCCAGCUUCAUCACCCCACAGGCCGUAGAUACGAUCUUCUUCUGGCCCAGCGUUAGCAGUCUAAGACGAGUUAGUUGCUAGAAGAAGGGAAGAGGUAAAUAAAAUGUGAGAGGGAACCGAAA